CUCACACUUCGAGAACUAGCGCUACACUGGCACGACACUUCUCUCUAGUGCAAAAGGUGCAGCCAAAUCGAGGAUAGCUUUAACUUAUUUCCCCAAUUUCUCUAUGUACUUUACAUGACCUGACAUCUAAGAAAAGGCAUGCUACUCGUCCAAGUUACCUCCAGAGUUUUGCGGGCCAUGCCUAAACCGCUAUGCCAGCUUAAUACGAAACGCGGAAGUUGUGUAGCCGCUGCCACGGAGGCCAUCGAAUCGGAGCGUAUUCGAAGACUUUUCGAUGGACUUACAGCAGGCGACCGGGCUUCGCUAGCGCAGUCAAUCACACUUGUCGAAUCUACAGCUCGGAAGGACCAUGACGAGGCGCAGGAAUUGCUACAGCUAGUUCUUCAAGAGAACAAGGGGCGAAGAAAAGCACGCCAGCUGGGUUCGUUUCGUAUAGGCCUCACGGGGCCGCCUGGAACUGGGAAGUCGACGUUUAUUGAAACUUUCGGCAAAUUCCUCACUGGUUCUGGUCACAAAGUUGCAGUGCUCACAGUGGAUCCGUCCUCAGCAGUGACAGGGGGGUCCCUGCUUGGAGACAAGACUCGUAUGAUCCAGUUGACUAGGGACCCGAAUGCCUACAUUAGGCCAUCACCGACCAGGGGCCAUAGUGGUGGCGUAACCCGUACUACAUGUGAUGCCAUACAGCUCUGUGAAUGCGCAGGCUAUAAUGUUGUCCUCGUGGAAACAGUUGGUGUAGGACAGAGCGAGUACAUCGUGGCAGACAUGGUGGACUUGUUCCUUUUGCUCAUACCACCUGGAGGUGGUGAUGAACUGCAGGGUGUUAAAAGAGGCAUAGUAGAAAUGGCCGACCUCAUAGCUGUGACAAAGGCUGAUGGCGAUAACAUUCCCGAGUGCAGGCGCAUGGCUGCCGAGUAUGUCAGUGCUCUCAAGUUCAUGAAGCCCCGGAGCCACCUGUGGAGACCCAAGGUUCUCCAAGUGUCUGCAAAGGCGAAUGUGGGCAUCUCAGAAUUAUGGGGUGUUGUGCAAAACUACAGGGAUGCCCUUGAGCCCAAUGGGGAGCUGAGCAAUCGCCGUCAACAGCAGCGAGUGCGCUGGCUGUGGACUUAUGUAGGCUCAGAGCUCAAGCGUCAGCUGCGUAGUCAUCCAGGCAUUGCUGCUUGCACAGCUGAAUUGGAAAAUGCAGUCAUUGAAGAAGCCAUCACACCUGGCCAUGCCUGUGACCAGUUGAUCUCACAUUUCUUCAAGGGGAACAGCUAGAGGUGCUGCAAAUGUAAAUAAAAAUGUUGUUCUGCUGCCA